AUGGAGCUCAUAUACAGAGGAGAUGAAGAUGAGGGAGGAGAAAGGGAGCAGAGGUGGGAGACAAUCUGCAGGGGGAAAUGAGCAGGAGCAGAAACAAGGAGCAGAGGUGGGGGUUAUGUACUUGGCUUUGGUGCAGGAAAUAAAUUGGUAUGUUGUAGGAAGAAGAGGAGAGGUCAGGUGGAGUUCAGCUCCUGAAUGUACUUCUCCUCAGGCAGAAGAACAUCAAACACAUAAAGCAAUAUUACGCAGGUGUCUGGUAAUCAUGAAAAGUGGCUUUUUGUUAAAAAAAUCCUCAUGAAAUAUGUGUUUCUAUCACAAUUUUUGUGCUGUUUACAACCACAUUGUGUCGAAGGCUGAUUACAUCCCUCAUUGAGUGUUUUAAAAUUGCAGCACAGCCCUGGUUGUUACCAACUUCAUAAGCUUGUUGAUGCCAUAUUGAGUCAUGAAUAUCCCUUUAGGUGGCAAAAGAAAUCAAUGGAAAUCAUCUAGACAAUUUUCUCACAACGCUUAUCAUUUUUCUUAUGUAUUUUGGAGACUUUUUAUGUCCUUGCAAGGCAUAAGGAGGAGAGGAAAGACACGCCCGGUUAGACUUGAGGUUUAUGGUCUGUGCAACAGUGAAUGCAGUCCAGACAAUCUAAUGAUUCUCUUCAUUGUGAAUGAGUGUUUUCAGUCAAUCUAACCUACUCAAAGCUUUUUUGAGCAUGGUGGAAAAUUUUGUUGAAUUUGCCUUCUUAUAUCUUUUAUAAAAUGUAUAUCUCAAAUUUUUUUUCACAUUUUAACAAGAUAGAUUCAAAGUGUUUCAGGAUAAGAGAGGAAACGUUGCUCGGGACACUUAAAAAAAUCUAAUUUACAUAACUUUGCCUUUAUUACAUUCAAACAAGAUAAUCACAUUGAUCUAUCACACCUGCUGUACAUCCUGCUGCUUGUCUAUGUAAAGUCCACAUGGGUUCAAAUGACUUUGGCAGAUGUUUAUUUUGAACAGCAGGGAUUUCUGACACCUUGAGCCCCUCAUGAAAAGAAAUCCAUACAUUCCUCUUACAAAUUAGGUCAUUCAGGUAUUCAUACAGCUCGUCUUUCCAAGAUGAAACAGGCAGGUGGUGGUCUAUUGUUGUCAAGAGAGAAGACCCCAGAUUGUGUUUCCAGGGUGGUUGAGUGGACAGAAGGCAGUGGGCGGGAAGCUCACCACCUGAAAGUUCAAAGCGGGAUACGAACAGCAAGGACAGGAGGAGCUCACCUAAAUUCUCCCUGGUAACAUGCACAAUAUAUAUUAGUUUAAAGCUCCUGUGAGUUUUUUUUACUUCUAUGAAGUAGACCAAAUGUAUAUUGAUGCCUUAUUAGGAUAUCUAAAGGCAAACAGAAAACAUCAGCAAUAUAAUUGUUAAUGCCUGUAACUGGUGUGAAAGUUUAAGUGUAGCUGAUAAAUUAUACAUUUGACAGUUAAAAGUCAGCGGAAAUACUUUUUUUUGGUCAGAUAACACUGUUUGUGAUAAGAUAAGCAAAGACUUCAAUGUCCACAGAGGGUGCCAAAACUGACACAAACUAAAAGUUUCUCACUGGAGCUUUAUGUAUGAGCAACUUUGCUGAAACUGUUGAUAAUGACACAUAUUACAUGUCAUCUUAUGUAGUUUCCACUUAAAACUUACUUGUGCAUUUUUGUGGGACUUGUGUUGCUAUAUUUAUACCUAUUUUACAAUCAGGCCUGUUACGCAUAAUUUGCCUGUGCCUCCCAAAAUUAGAAAAAUAAAAAUAAAACUGCUCUGAAUAAGUGUGUGAGGUUUUUAAGCGACAUAAAGUUGCUAAAUAACUUUGAAAUACCCAGUCAUACAAAAUGCGGGGAAAGCAAUAGCAGUAUAAACUUUUGAAUAUAACUUAAAAAUGACCAAUGUAACCCUGCACAGACUUUGUUUGUAUUGUUGGGGCCCCUUUUAAUGAAUGGUGCCCAAAGGAGCCACUUCCUGCCAGCCAGUUAUGCUUUGCUUCCUAACAUACAUUAUGUCCACUUUAAAAACCAUCUCGUUGUCCCAAACUGCUCUUUAGUUUAACUCUCAGUUGUGGCCUAUUUCCUCUACUUGGUUAAAAUAUCCCCCCAAAGUGCCUUUUAAAAAUCUUAACUGUGCCUCUGUUCAACAGUGUAUGUAAUAAAUAGUCUGCCCAGUCUUAAUGGUGAUACAGUCUACCCUGCUUGAGAUCUUAAAUAGUAGCUGUAUUAAAAAACAAAGAUACGGUGGCCGAGAACCGCCACUGCUGCAAAUAAAACAGAAUGUAAAAAAAGAAGUAACAAUGGAAGUCACUGAUGGAAAAAAAAGAAAAGACACCGCAGCCUGCUGCAAAUAAAAAAGAGGCGGUGCAGAAAAAAAAAGGGGGCACAACAGAAGUUAAUGACGCAAAAAAUGUGGCAAUGCAAAAAUAGAAAAAAAAAAAGAUAUUACUUAAGGUCCUUACACACCACUUACGAGCUAAAGCUACUUAGCACAGAUGAAAGUUAAAACAAAGAUGUUUAGCAAACUGUUAAAGCACACAAACUUUCAUCAUAUGAGAAAUCCGACGCUAUGACUCUCCACAAGUUGUCCUUCAGGUCAUUAUCUUUGUAAUAUUUGUGUCUUUUAUCAAAAAUCACUCUGUUCCCCAACAUGUAAACAAUCAGCCGGUCGGCCAUGUUGGAUAUACAGGUGAAUCUGACGUCGCAACAACACAAAAAUCUGAUUGGUCUAACCAAGUGACACAUUGAAAAGUUUACGAAGCGAAAUUAAACAAUAACAUUUCCGCUUACUUCUUUGCUCGUCUUCUCGCCGUCAUCUUCUGUGCCUAGAUCGUACAACACUGGUGCAUCAUCAUUAUUGGUCCUCCGGCAGCUCACUUCCGUUGGGUUUUUUUUUUAAAUGCAUUCUUUUUUAUUUGCAGCAGUGGCGGUUCUCGGCCACCGUAGUUGUAAGUUUGAAAACAUCGACAAACCUCAAACAUAAACAUCCGCUGAAAUAAAAACCCAACUCACUGUUUGUCGCUCCCCCCCUUCGUGGACCCCCUUUGCUCUUUCUUCCCUAGUCCAAAACCCCUCUGUUGUGGAUCAUCAGUCGAGCCCUGCUGGAGCACAGGACAGCCCGCCCCUCACGGAGCAGCGGACCGGGCUCUGACGGUGACGGCACCAAACACACACUCUCUGUCAGUCUGGACAAGCAGCAGUGAGACUCGGAUCCAGAACCGGGCUGCAGUGGACGGGGACGGGUUCGGGAGCAGAAACAGAGAGGGUUUCCUUUAGCUAACUGCUUUGAAAAAAGUUGCAACCGGACAGAAAGGACGACCGGAUACGCACGCGAGACAUCUACAGUUGGAGGAUAUUGCAGCGCGUGCUUGUUGUGGAGAACAUCUUGUUUAAAGGUGAGUACAUGAACGCAGCACGAGACAUCAGUUUUAGCCCAAAACUCUGUUUAUUUCUGUCAUAUUCAGAGUUUAUCAAAGUUAUUAGCUGUGUUGUCAAGCUUUUUUUCCUCCUACGUUGAAACUUUUUUCAUGUUGUUGCUAAUUUAUGCGAAAUUAAACCCAAACAAGCUUGGCUAAACGCUGUCGUCGUCUAAAUGAGGAGGUUAAAUGUACCUUAUUGUGAGGCACUUACUGCUGUAAAAAGUUAGUGUGUUGUAAGUCGAAGUAAUUAAUUUAUUCUGAUGGUUUGACAUUUCUGAGUAAUUGGGGUGCUUGAGUAUAAUUUGUAGUUGUUCAGGAUGGAUGCAGAGACUUAAUUUCCCCUACAUUUUAGUUUUUUGCGCUUGAUUCAGCUGUUUUCUCUCAAGAAAUAUUAUGUGCUGUGUGUGUGAGUGUGUGUGUGUGUUAAGAGAGGAAGACAAAGAGAUGUGUAUGAGGUACCGAGAAAGUAGAGAAUAAGCAUUUCUCUGUUAUUUCCAUCCAGCUGUUAAAGUGAAUGAGCCUUCAGAUGCACACAAACACACACACCACUGCACAACUGCUCCUCUCUUGCAUAGCACUCUUGUUAUUUUGGCAUUUCCCUCUCCUGAGACCCUUUGGCUUGCUUUUCCGCAGAGAUUGGGGCAGUAUGAUAUAAAGCAAAGGUCACAUAAGAAGGUAGAGACCUUUGCUCCAUUUGUUUUAUGCCCUCAAGGCUGAUACUUAAAAAUAUGGAUUAGCUUGAAGUUGAACUAGAAACGCCCAGGGUCUUAUUGAACCAUAAAUAAUGCCCUGCAGGAACAGAUAUAAACGCCUGAGAUCCUCUCCAUCACCUUCUGAUCUGUAUGAACGCCCUCCUCGCAGAUGAUUGAUUGCCUGGAUGUCAUGUUAUUUAAAGCUUUGUAACUUUAGAUGAAUGUAAAUGGAAAGAAACUCAGCUGAGUGCGUACCGCAAAAUGUGCAUUCAUAAAUGUUUUUGCAGACGCAUGGUGCAUCCUAUCCUGCACGGAUAUUAACUUAGCACCACGCCGCCUCACUGGGAGACCCUAUAUCAUCCUGACCUGUCACCACAGCACAGCAGAGCAGAGAGGAGGAGGAGGGAGGAGGGGGCGGAGGAGGGUGGGAACAGGACACAUGGAGAGAGAGAGAGAGAGAGAGAGAGAGAGAGAGAGAGAGAGAGAGAGAGAAGGGUAGAAGAGGAUUUGGUGGUGGUGAGGAUGUAGGUGGGUGUGAUUGUCAAGCUGUUGGGUGGUUGGGAUUGGAGCAACUAAGAAUGCAGGCGGAGAAUACAGGUAGGAGUUGAUGCUGUUUGAUCAUUUUCAUUAUUGCGUUGUAGUUAAUGUCAAAGAUUUGCUGGUUCUAGUUUCUUGAAUAUGUCGGUUAUGAUUCUUGGAAAAAAGUAUAGCGUGAUAUUUUACUAAUUUUUGAUGAUUGAACGAUUAAUCCUAAUAAUAAGCAACAAAUUAAUCUAUGAUGAAAAGGUGAUUAAUUGCAGCCCUUGUAUGAGGAACUAUAUUCUUUUACAGAUUAUACCAUUUCUUCAGCUUUCUGCAUCAAAUGUCAAAUUAACUGUCCACUCAUCUUCUUCAUUCAUGUCUACAGUUGGAUAAAUAACCACAUAUAUGGGUCUAGAUCUAGAGCACAGCUCCAGGCGUAAUCCCGGUUCAUGCACAUCUGCCAGUUUUUCCGUAGUAAACACUGAAACAUUGCAAACACGCCUCCUGUUCAAAAUGUUCAGCAGGGUUUGCAACUUAAUUUGCUCAUUAGAUAAUCUCAGCUGAAAAUAGCACAUAAAGGUGCACACACAGAAGCCCAUCUGUACGCUCAGGAGCACUCUUGCAUAACAAGUGAAGGAAAACCCCACAUGAAGCAGCGUACAGUGAGUGUAUCCCACAUUAAACUGAUGUACUGCAGAGCGAGAGAACAAUCUGAUCCACACCUGUGACGCUCAAUUAGUAAAAUGUCUCUGCAGCCAUCUGGGUCUGCCAUUUCAUUUUGCUGCAGCCGAGGUGAUGACACUGGGGUGGAUGUGAUUAAACGCAUGCAAGUAUAGCCUGUCGGCAUGUUUAAUUUAUCCUCAUCCAUCAUGAUGUAACGCAGGCCAUGAAAGCCUCACACAUCAGGCACACUGCUCUUAUUAAACGGCAGUAAAGGGAUGUUUGAGUGAAACCAUGGAGAAUCUCAUUUGCUUUCUGACAUAAAAAUGAAAGUCUUGUUUUGUGGAAUUCCUUGUCAGGGGGAUCAUGUACUCAGAGAAGCUCUCUAGAUAGAUUUUUUGGUCUUCCUCUCCAUGUAAAAAGUUGUGAGUAAGUCUUUUUGAUGUUACGCUGCAGCUCAGUGUCACCGGUGUAGUUUGUUUUCCGUUUAAAGUGCAGUUUGUCAGAGUAAUGUUGCUUCUGAGAUCCGGCUCUGCCUGUGAUUCCUCUCAGCUGUGAUGUGUCGAACAGCGGGUGUGUCAUUGAGAUUUCCAUCUGAGUUUCUCUCUGUCAGCCUGUUAAAGAGACAAGAGCAAGAGCACAGCAGGGGGGAGACAAGCUGUCAGUCAGACUCAGCACAUGCACGCACACAAACACACACAAAGACUGCCACUGUAUGUCAAACUGUAAUUAGAAGCUGUCCGGAUUUGCAGUGUCCUUUCUUUUCCUUCACUUUUCCAUUUUUUUUUGCCAACCAGGGCAUCACUUAUGGCUUUGCUUGUGAGUUUCUGCAGCUUGUUUUUUGAAAGUCAUGGAGAGAGAUAUGACACAGCUGUGGUUUCAGAUAUACAGCAUUUUAGGCUGUAACUUUUUGCACUUAUGCAGCAGCAGGUGGAUGUUUGAGCUGUAAGAUGUGGUGCAUAUGAAAGCUGUCAAACUCCUAAAGUUGACUGUGAGAUGAGCUAAAAAGUGGUUAUUUAUAAAAAGCAUACACAUAUGGUAAUUAUAGCCCAAUUAUAGCUGAUUGGAGUUGAAUAGGAAUUAAUGAUUAUUGGCUAGAGGUCAAUGAACUGUUGUGUUAAAAUCCAAGUGUUUUUGUCAGUGUUCUUAUUUUUCCAAAUGUUUUUCAAAUCAUCUUAUGACUAUUUUUAAAGUCCAGAGGGAUAUUAAGCCGUAUCCAGUGGUCAGAUUUUAGACUGAAAUGUUCCCCUCAAGGUGGCUGUCACAAGAGACUGCUGUGUUGCAUAAGUUUGAUCCUUCGUUUUAGAAGUUUUUACCAUCAAAAGCUCCUUUAAAUAUGAAUUCCUUUGCAAAUUAGCUAUCUCUUAUUCAUAUUUGUCUUGCAGUUAAUGCAUUUCCCUUAGCCAACCAUUAAAGACAAAAGCAUUUACUUAUUUACUUAUGGUGUGCGAGAUGGGUGCCUCCAUUUAAGGAGACUUGCUCUUAAUGGAGAUACAAAAGACUCAUUUGGAGUUAAGAAAAAAAUAAACGUAAGCUUAUAUUCAGGUCAUUUUAAAGGAAUGUCAGCAUACUCAUAAACAUCAUAUUUAAUUUUUGAUCCACAAAAAAAAAGCCGCAUUUUCUUACUCCUCAUAAAAUGAUGCACUGGAAGAAAUACCAGUAUUCGUCAGGAGAUCAAACUUCCUUCAGUCAUUUAUAUAAAAAUGUGGUUUUCAUUUGAUAAAUUUGGGCUCUUGUGUUAUUGUAAAUCCACUGUUUGUCAAAAUAAGUGAAUUCUUACUUUGCCAGUUGAGGAAAAGUAGUUUUUAACUGGCAAAACUCCCAAAAACAAGUGACAUAGGGUUGUUUUAUCCUGCUGUCACAUCAGCCCUAAAGCCUCUGUUGUGAUUCUGUUUCGGACACAUAAACAGUGCAGAAGGACACCACAGCCUCUUUUGCAAAUCUUUUCUGUUGGAUAAUCUAAAAGACCACAGCCUUAACUUAGAUCAGAUGAGGACUUUUUGUAUUUUUGACCCUGACUGACACAAAAGCCAGCUCAGCUAUUUCAGGUUUACCCCGCUCUUUGUUAAUCUCAUAAAUCUCUUAAAAUGAAUGAAUAAAGAGUUUAAACUCUGACAUUUUAAGUCUGAGGUUAUUCAGAGGUCUUUUAGUCUCCAGCAUUUGGGAGACUAUCCAAUCAGCAGUAGAGAAACAUUUCAUUAGCAGAGUGAUUGCAGUCGAGGCCAUCACUUGGGUGCUGAUGAUAAUGACCAGACCUGUGCAUUACCAAAAGCAAACACAGCAAUCACUUUUGGAAAGAGAGAAAAGAAAACGAGAAAUAAACGCUUUUAUAUUUCUUUGGAGGGUCCUGAACCAAGUGAAGUCAUCAUAAUGAUGCUCUCCAGGCUGCAGAGCGUAAUAUUACUUAUUAAUUGAAAAAACAACAUUUGUCAAGUGAUGAAUAUCUACAGGCGGCUCAUCCAUCAAGCUGCUCAAGGUCAGGUUGGGUCUGUCUGGGAAAAGGAUGACUUCUGUCUAUAGAGAUUUAUAGUUUGAGAAUUGGCUGUGCUAAGUGUUUCCUAUACAGAUGGCACCAUCAGUCUGGUGACCCUACUUCGUCCUGGCUGAAAAAUCUGAAAAUACAGCAAAGAUUCUCAUGAGACCUAAGGUAAAGUGUCCUAAACCCUUGGAUUCUUGUUUAAAACUGCAUUAAUUAAUCAAUAAAAAACUUAUAUCUAUUUUAUUUGGACUGUAAGCUGCACAUGCUUGAAAAUUUAUAUUUGCAGAGAUAAAAAGAUAGUUUUUGGAUAACCACUGAUGAAAACCAAGAUGUCAAUGUGGCAGAAUGAGUAGUUUGCUCUCCAUACAGACUGUUUUUCCUGCAAAAACUAAAAACUGCUGACUUUGAGAUGGUCCAUUCUACCACUACACUAACUCCAUCGACCUCUAGGGAUGUAAUGAUAUCAGGAUCUAAUAAGAUCAUAUCAACAAGUUCAAGGAGCAAUAUUAUCAAUACAGCCACAGUUACAGCCCAUAAAAGUGUAAGAAUUUAUGAGAUCACAAGUGUAUCUCUAACUUUAAUCAAAGACCUAGGGACAUCAUCUGUGAUGGAAAAUGAAGAAUGAAGAAAGUUUGGGCUGAAGUAUAAAUUCCCAUCAUGGUCAUACUUAAGUCAAACACUAUCAGCAGCUUUCCACACAGAGACUCCACAAGCUCUGGGCUACAAAUGGACCUUAUUUAAAAAAGUUUUUUGAACAUAUUGAUAAUAUUGCACCUUGAACUUGUUGAUAUGAUCUUAUUAGAUCCUGAUAUCAUUACAUCCCUAGGGGUCAAUGGAGUUAAUGUAGUGGUAGAAUGGACCAUCUCAAAGUCAGCAGGCUUUGGAUUUUGUCAGAUAACCACCAAUGAGAUCAAGAUGUCAAUGUGGCAGAAUGAGUAGAGCAUACUUUUGCUCUCCAUACAGACUGUUUUUCCUGCAAAAACUAAAGCCUGCUGACUUUGAGAUGGUCCAUUUACCACUACAUUAACUCCAUUGGCCUCUAGGGAUGUAAUGAUAUCAGGAUCUAGUACGAUCAUAUCAAAAGGUUCAAGGUGCAAUAUUAUCAAUACUUAAAAAGACUUUUUAAAAUAAAGGUUAUUUGUAGCCCAGAGCUUGUGAGGUUUUUGUGUGGAAAGCUGCUGAUAAUGUUUGACUUAAGUAUGACCAUGGUGGGGAUUUUAUACUUUGGCCCCAACCUUCUUCAUCCUUCAUUUUACACCACAGAUGAUGUCCCAAGGUUUGAUUAAAGUUAGUGAUACAACUUGUGAUCUCAUAAAUUCUUGUACUUUUAUAGGCUGUAACUGAGGCUGUAAAUGUUUCCUUUUGGGGGAUGAUUAGUCAAGUGGAUUUUAAUGGCUUGUAUUCCCUGAUAUGUUGGACAAUACAGUCCAGCAGUGUCUGCAUAUUAUUUUUGCUUUCUUGACACAACAACAACAAACACAUAAAUACUCCCUACACUAAACUACUUGUAUACAGAUCUUUAAGCAGAAUCAGUAAACACAGGUCAGCUGUAAGCUAAAAUAUUGGCUGGUCCCAUUGAACUGCUAACUUGGUCAACCCAGAUGGUUGUGACAUCAGCCCUACUUAUUCAUCAACCCCAAGGUGUGGCUGUUUAGACAUGGGUAGACCCCUCCUGCUUUCAGUCUGUCAUCGUCAACUCAUCCACACUCUCAGCCUUUCAUUACUCCAUUUUGACUUUUACAGGCCUAAAAGCGCCCAGAAGCAGCCAUAAAAUGCUCCAUGAACUUGAACACUGCCAGUCUAUUAUCAUACUCUUUGCUUACCCCUCCUCAGCACAAAGGGAGACUUGAACUGUGCAGGUUUCGUUCUGCACUGGGAGAAGAUUACAGGUCAAUUAAGUUGCUGUUGGAAUCUGAUAGCUGAGAUAGCAGGCAUAGAUGGGCUCUGAAAGCAUUUACAGACUGUAAGAAGAGACACAAUCAAUGCAGAGUGGAGCAGGUUUGUGUAUAAUGGACAUUAGUGGGCAGAGCUUUGGCACAGAUCACAUUAAAACCAGGAGUGCUGAAGUCUGCCAACCACUCCUAACAUCCAUUAAAGGGACGAUCAAACUAUGUUUUCACAACGCUCCCAAUUUGUUUACUACACUCCUAACAUACUCAUCAGAAACUUAUUUUACUUUAAUGUUGGACUUGAUCUCGUUAUAAUGCAUCAAAAGUCGCAUUUAAAUGUAGGGAGAUCUUUUUUAAUCUAUUUGAGUCUAGCAUGCCUUUCUCCUCUCCUCUCUACUUUCCCUCUCUGAGGAGAAGGUAAAGUGGCCUCAUAUGUCACAAAGCGUCACUUCACUGCUGUCAGGAGGUUGAUGUACGAGGACCGAAAUGGCCAGUGCUGAAACAGCAGACCACACACACGCACACACACACAGAUACACACAAACACAAGAUUGAUGGAUGACACCAGUAUUAGGUCCAGGAUCGAGCCUCAUUGCCUGGUAGUGGAGGAAGAGUUUUAGGAGGUCAGGGAGACGACCUGCUGCAGCAAAAAUUACAUGUUUUUAUCGGCUGCCGUCUUCCUUCAGAUCUGUGUGAAUGUUCAGACAGGAGACAUUUUCCUCUUCUUGCUGUAAAAAAAGAAACACAAUUUAGUGUCAGGCUGGCCCUCCUUGUGUCCCUAACAAUGCACCGCUUCCUCACAAGUGAGAAAUCCAUUGAUUAAGCCGUGUGUGUUGAUUUGCCUCUAUUGGAAACCUGAUUUGUGCAAGCAAGGGAAGCAAAGCAGGAAUUAUUGAUCUGGUUUUAAAAGCUCGUCGGCCCCUCUUGGUUUGAUUUGGCUGCAAUUUCCUUUUGAUUUUUCUGACAGGCGCCUCUCCAAUAUAAUUCUGUCUAACAAACAAUUUUUUUUUUCCCCAGCCCUGUCUAAUGCAACUACCUCAGCAGAAUUGAAUCAGUAUGACACGAUGUAGCGAGGCUUCUCUGAGGUAAUAACAUAAGCAAAGAUCUGUUGACACCCAGUUGUUUGGACAUGUGUCUGAUUUAUAGAUUAGAUUUCCUCUGCUCUCUUGGACAGCUUCUUCUUAUUUGUGUGUGUUUUGCUCAGCAGAGUGAAGCCAGCUCAGAGGAUGCGUCUGCCAGAUGACCCCUCAGCAGAAAGCGUACCACAUAACGCCCCUCCCCCUUCUUGUGUUAGCUUUAGUUAACUGUAAAAGAGGAGAAAAAAGGGGGGGCUGGGAAAUGUUCCCCAUGCGAGAGUGUUUACAUCAUGACGCAGGCGUUUCUUUGCAUUCUCUCCAUGGUGAAAAUAUGCCACUGAUCUCUUCGUUUUUCUAAUUGCUGACAGAUGUUUCCCACUCCAUAAGCACAUGUUGGGCCCGGAUGUUCCCAGAAUUCUUUCGGGAACCUCUGGGAUGAAGUCCCAGCCGUGGUCUCUGUAACAUAACUCCCACCGCCCUCUCCUCAAAGUCAGAGCCAGGCCUCAUCUCUCACGGUCUCGACUCACGUGGAUGGAAAGGACCCAGCUGGCCUGGAAACUUUUCCUGGGCUUAUGAAACAUUUGGCAGGUUUCAAACAUAGUUGCAGUUGAAGCUCAGUUUCACAGGGGCUGUGGGCUCAGACCAAAGGAGCUCAGAGUCUCGUAGGUGUUGUCUGCCUUUGUGUCACAGCGUUUUUUUGUCUGCUCUGAAUUAUCCUGCGGAGAAUUGGUUAUGGAGGAUUGUGUCCAUCUGCUGAGGGAGAUUUCUUGAAAAGGAUAGCCACAGCAUAGAUAAAAGUUAGAGGACAGGGUUUGUUUUGUGUCUGAUCAGCAGGAAAGUGAAACCAAUCCCUCAGAAAUACAGUUAAUGGGGGUUUGUUUUGUGUGCAUAUGUGAAUUUAACUAAACAAUGAGCCCAGUGUGAUUCUUGAACGUACACGCGUCCUCAAGCUUCCCCCAGCAUCCCUCUGCGAUCUGACAUUCAAAAGAUGCUUUGUCCAAACAAGCCUUUGAUAUUCAUAUCAUUAUUAUUAACAGGCUGAAUCAGCGUGAAGCUGCUGUGUUUGGGGUCUUGGCGUUAUUGUAACCCCCCUUCAGCCCAAUCUGAGAGCCGACAGAAGUAGGUCAAAGUUUAGUGGAGCGUCCUGUCUAAGCAGGAGGAUUGGAGCAGUGGAGGGGGGGCUAAAUAAUUUCAUAAAACCCCAAAGAUUAGCUUUAAUCCAUUUAGGUACUUCAUAUAAGAUUGUGGCCAUAAAGUUUUAGUUCUUCUGCAACUUCAGCUCACAGACUUUUUGACAUCCUGCUUGCUGAAAUGUGGCUGGAAGGCAACCUGACCAAUAACAAGUUUUGACACAGACAUACAGACUUCUGACGUUAGUCUGGUGAAUAUGGUUAUUUUGAUCGCCCAGAGGCUUGACAGAGACUUAAACCUGAAAAACACAUCAUGUCAUGCAUAAGAGUGCAGCUCAUGUUAACUUUGGCGCCCCCUGUGGACAAAGCAGUCAUAUUUUGACAAAAAUAUUGUCAUCCUGCUCAAUGUCAACAGUCAAAUGUAUUAUUUAUCAUGAAUGUUUUAUGUGAAUAUUGUAAAAUCAGGGUUUGGCUGACACCUACCCCCUUGCACUGGUUUCUCACAUUAAUAUAAAUCCUCAGUCUUGUUGCUUAUGGUCUUGUUUGCUUUUGUAUAUUAAGCAAAGGCAUCAAUAUGAAUUUCAGAAACUUCAAAAAAAGUCCUUGAAGGAGCUUUAGCAUAACAGUUCAAGUCUUAUUAGUGAUGACAUUAUAAGUACUGAACUGUCCUUUUUAGUCAUGAACAUUAAGCAAACGUUUUAUCUGGAUUUGAGGGUCAAAUAAAUGUGAUGAAAUGUACUUAAUGAUCCUGACUUUAAGAUUUAUUGUACUUACAAAUGCAGCACUGCGACACCAGAGUGGUCUACAACCAUGACUUGGAGAUUCAAAGUGCUUAUUCGGUGAAAAACAUUGUUUAGUUUUAUUCCUUGAUAUAGGAUAACACUAUUAAACAUUUAAAUGGUGCAUCUUCUAUUAAAUAAACAGUUAUUCUCUAUCCUUCACAGUAAAAACAUGACUGUUUACAACAUGCCAACCUAAGGACAUCAAACAUGCCUUCGUCUGCCACAGUAUUGAUUGACCUGCUGUCAGUUAUCACCCGUGCCACAGUGAAUUUUCUGAUCUCUCUAAAAUAGUGCUCUACUGGCUUUUAUGAUGCUGUUGUCUGCUGAAAUCAGUGUAUUGAGCUUCACCUGUACGCCACAAAGGGUAAAUCUCUUUUAACUUCUCAAAUUGGCAAUCAUGGAGUGGAGUCUUAACUAUGUCUAGUGUGCAAAAAUAGACAAAAUAGUGUGUGAUAUAAAAAGAAUAAUGCAUGAAUUCAAACCCAACUCGGUCAUCAUAUUGAUGCAGCUUUAGUUCAGAGUCUGUGGAUUUCAGAAGAGUAAAUAAUUAACACACUCUGAGAAAGAUGUUUUUGGAUAUCCUCAUCCCUUGCUCUAUGAUUGAAUUAAACUAACACUUAUAAUAAGUGUUUAAUACUUUAUUUUCCUCAGUUGUUGAAAUUAAGCAAAAUUUAAGUUGUUAUGAGAUAAAAGUGUGAAAAAAAAAACUUUGCAUCUUUCAUAAAUCUACAACUGGAAAUAUAGAUUUUAAUUGAAGCUGCAAAGUUCCUCAUCAAAGUGGUGAAAAAAUGAAAUAAGUAACUGUAACACCCUCCACCUUGACUUGCUUUUGACUCAACACAAACACAUUUUAAUUAGACAAAACUCAGUCUUUAGCCUCGACCUUCUGUGAAACCAUAUGGUGCUUUAAGCUGAAUGUAAAUGCCGCCAUACUACUUUGUUCAAGUUCAUAUUAACUAUGCUAACAAGCUAAUAUCACACGAUUAUUGGCUCACAUUUACUACGCUCACUGUCUUUGUCUAGAGUGUUUGCCCGCUAAUGUCUGCUUAUUAGCACCAACAGGUUAGAGCAGAAGAUGUGUUUAUCACUAUUUACAUUUCCUUGUGAGAUAGUUCAAUCAAUAGUGUAUCCGUUAAUGCCUUGUAGGCUGUUGGUUGUUAUGAGCUCAGUCUGCUGGCCUUGGUGACCCUGUUGAGGGAAACAUACCUCUGCAGAUUAGGCUGUUUGGGUGUCUGGGGCGGCUGGGUUUAGGAGGGUCAGACAGUUGGGUUAGAGUUGAGAGGAGCUGAGGGUCAUGUGGGACCUCGGUUUAAUACGUUUGGAUUCAGAGUGUGGUAUCAUAAAGUCUGAGAGCGAGCCGUCACUGUGGCUCCCCUUUUUGACCAAAUAUCUGGCAUCAGACGCUGGAAGCAUGUGAAAUAUUUAUAGUUGUUGUCAGCAGAACUUUUGAACAGGAUUACGACCCAUUCCUCUCAAUCCUGUCUGGGUGUCCUUGUUGGCUUGCGUUACAUAAGAGAGCUUUAAAAAAAUCAGAUGUUAAUAUUGACAUGAGCAGAAAAAGCCCUGGGAAGAGAUGUGUCUUUACGAUUAAACGGUGAGUUGUGGCUCAAACUUGUGUUCGUUGUGAGCACACUAGGAUUUAAUGCUGUAUAAAACCGUAGCUCAGGUCCGCUGUCAAAGAUCAAACAGAUAGAUUAAGGUGGAGAAGGAGCGGUUCGGAGGAGGAGCAGGCAGCAGAUGCAGAAAUGAGCGGAUGAAAUGAGGCCAGUGUCAUCCAGUCUCAUUUGCUAUGCAGGGUUGGGAGGGGAUUAGCCUCGCUUACAUAACUCUGUCUCCCCCAUCUUACCCCUUUUAACAAGCCCAUCUCCCCCUUUUCUCCGCCCCUCACGCGCUCCACUCUGCUCAAGUCAUAACAUUGGUUUUGGCCCAAUGAUUGAUUCAAAUAUUUUAGAAAACUUCUUUGUAGCUCAGCUGUCUUUUCAGGACAGAACAUCCCGGAAACAAAAGACGUUCAGUGAGACCUCAAAAUGAUGAAGGUGUGGUGCAAAACCUUGGAUGGUGAAGAAAGAGGAGGCUGCUGGGAAAUUGUAAGAAAAGGUCUGCAGAUAAAGCAAAAGAAGAAAACAGGAGGGGAAAAAAAGGGGGGGGGUUAAGUCUAUUUAUAGUAUAUCCCUGCUGUUGGGUUAGACCGCCUGGCCCAGCGCGGCACAGCUCAGCAUCCAUGUCAGUCUUUAUGUCACUCUCCAUUAGCUCUGUACACACAAACACACACGUAUAGAGUGUACGGCCUGAGGGGGUAAAUACAGCCUGUCACGAAAACGUGGGUCUGCUGACCUUUGACACCGGGGUAAAAAGGGAAUUACACACUGAUGGGUCCAACCAUGUGUGAGUGUGUAGGUCUGUGUGUGCAGGGCGCUGAGGUGCAACAGUAAACAGACAGUGUGUGACAUAAAUACGCCGUGAAAUGUGGUUGAAAUUGCGUGCCAUUUAGCUCAGGGGAGGAGGAGAGAUCGUCUUUUUGAAGCAAAUGGGACAACUCGGAGAACAUUGUGUUCAUUUUAAAAAGCACACAUGUUCUGUGUUUAUGUUUUAUUCUAUAAUGGUCCAUUUCUUUGAAUAAUUAUCAGGGUUUUCCCCCGGCGCAAAUGAGGCUGAGGUGGUUCCCUCUUCUCUCAACAUGAUCAAACGCUUUUUAAUCACUGUGUAAUCUAAAAGAGGACGAUCUCCCUUUUAAGUCUGUUUCAUUUAAUACAACAAAGAAAACAUGUUAUUAAUAGUUAAAAUGACUUUAGAAUUAAAAGUUAAAGUUGAAAUUUUUAUUUUGUUAAGUGCAUUUUUAAGCGCCAAUUUAUCAUGAACAUUAUUAUUUUUGUUGUUAAUAAAUGUUUGGUUCUCUGCAUGAAAGUCAAAUUUCAUGAGUCAAACAUCUAAGAUUCACGUAUCAUUAGAUUGUCUUAUUACAGAGGGUAUACACUCACCGGCCACUUUAUUAGGUAUACCUGUCCAACUGCUCGUUAACACUUAAUUUCUAAUCAGCCAAUCACAUGGCGGCAACUUAGUGCAUUUAGGCAUGUAGACAUGGUCAAGAAAAACUCCUGCAGUUCAAACCGAGCAUCAGUAUGGGGAAGAAAGGUGAUUUGAGUGACUUUGAACGUGGCAUGGUUGUUGGUGCCAGAAGGGCUGGUCUGAGUAUUUCAGAAACUGCUGAUCUACUGGGAUUUUCACGCACAACCAUCUCUAGGGUUUACAGAGAAUGGUCCGAAAAAGAAAAAAUAUCCAGUGAGCGGCAGUUCUGUGGGCGGAAAUGCCUUGUUGAUGCCAGAGGUCAGAGGAGAAUGGCCAGACUGGUUCGAGCUGAUAGAAAGGCAACAGUGACUCAAAUAACCACCCGUUACAACCAAGGUAGGCAGAAGAGCAUCUCUGAACGCACAGUACGUCGAACUUUGAGGCAGAUGGGCUACAGCAGCAGAAGACCACACCGGGUGCCACUCCUUUCAGCUAAGAACAGGAAACUGAGGCUACAAUUUGCACAAGCUCAUCGAAAUUGGACAAUUGAAGAUUGGAAAAACGUUGCCUGGUCUGAUGAGUCUCGAUUUCUGCUGCGACAUUCGGAUGGUAGGGUCAGAAUUUGGCGUCAACAACAUGAAAGCAUGGAUCCAUCCUGCCUUGUAUCAACGGUUCAGGCUGGUGGUGGUGGUGUCAUGGUGUGGGGAAUAUUUUCUUGGCACUCUUUGGGCCCCUUGGUACCAAUUGAGCAUCGUUGCAAUGCCACAGCCUACCUGAGUAUUGUUGCUGACCAUGUCCAUCCCUUUAUGACCACAAUGUACCCAACUUCUGAUGGCUACUUUCAGCAGGAUAAUGCGCCGUGUCAUAAAGCUGGAAUCAUCUCAGACUGGUUUCUUGAACAUGACAAUGAGUUCACUGUACUCAAAUGGCCUCCACAGUCACCAGAUCUCAAUCCAAUAGAGCAUCUUUGGGAUGUGGUGGAACGGGAGAUACGCAUCAUGGAUGUGCAGCCGACAAAUCUGCGGCAACUGUGUGAUGCCAUCAUGUCAAUAUGGACCAAGCUCUCUGAGGAAUGCUUCCAGCACCUUGUUGAAUCUAUGCCACGAAGAAUUGAGGCAGUUCUGAAGGCAAAAGGGGGUCCAACCCGUUACUAGCAUGGUGUACCUAAUAAAGUGGCCGGUGAGUGUACAUACACUCUUUAUUUUUAUUACAGGUAGAGACAUUUUUAGUUUGAUCAUGAAACAGAGAGACUUGUGCUUUCCUCACACACUCCCUCAGGUCUAAAAUACAGUCAUUGAUGUGUCUGGCUGUCUCCGUGAUGUGACUGUCACCUAUUCAUCUACCAGAACAAGUGCAAGAUUAUAGCUAAAAUUAUAUUUUUAAUCAUUUUGACUAAUAUUGAAAUCAUGAUAAUUAAUCAUGGUUAUUUAUUAUAUAUUAAUUUAUUUUUAUGUUUAUUUUUACUGUCAUAUACUUGUGCACAAACUCUUCCCUGGCAUUUGCUCUCCACCUCAUCCUUUUGCUCCAAGUGCGCCGUACUGCAGAUGUUAUUCACUCUUAGUUUUGGAUAUGUAGAAGACAUUACAUCACAAACAACUACAAGCAAAGUUUUUGUUUGAGCAGAGAAGGUGUUUUUAAAGUCAAUAAUUGCCGUCUAUCUUGCUUUGUUGACUGUUGUAAGGGAACUUUAGGCUCCUUGUUUCUGCAUAUUUCUUUGUGUCCUGUCAUAAACCCCCCCCCCUCAAGUCCUCUCUGUUUUCAAUUAUUAUUCACAUCUUUAUGUAGUCCUCUUGCAUACCCCCCACAUACAUGCUGCUACAAGCACACGUGAAAUUGAGCGCAUGUGUUCAAGGAGAGCAACGUGUUCCCUCUUAUGCAGCCCACAGUGGGCUUUCCCCCUCUGGCUGACGUUGAUGACAUCAGUGUGCUAGUUUUAUUAUACCUGCUGCAGGCCAACACAAACAUGCAUAUGCACACUUAUGUAAUUUAACUAAGUCGCCGAGCAGCUGGAUACUAAGUAAGGUGUUCAGUGUUUCUGUCUUUAACUUUCUUGAGCUGAUUUCUUGGAGCAGACUGAGAUGGACGACUAGUCCACCUCGCAGGUUUGUGCCUACAUAUGUGACAGCUGAUUUCAGUGCUUGUUUGCAUCCAGGUAGUGAUGCAUUGUUGAGUUAUUUUUACAAUACAGUUAGACUGGAAUUGUGGGACUCCAAUGAUAGAAAUCUUGAUAACUUGUUUAACUAGUACGUGAUUCUUCUACAAACUACCAAAGGUGGCAGCGUUUGGCUCCAGAUCCCUACUGCACCCGCUGGAUAUUUAUAUUUCACUGGUUUUUUUAGGGAGGAGAGUACAAGAAGCAAAGUGUAUUUUACUCUUUCUCAAGAGCCACUGCAGGAAAUGUUGCAUGAGUUUUUCUUUUUCUUUUUUUACUGUGAGCUGAGGGCAGAGAGGGACCGUCCUGCAGAGUUCUUGGAUGAUUCAUGGAACAGUCUCCGAGUUGCACAGGACCUCGUUUGUUUCUGCUGUUUCUGCCCCCGGCUCACCCUGCUCCAAUAACACACUUACACUGGGGUACAACACACACACUCACACUUUCAUGAGCGCACAUAAACUCAGGCAUUCACAUCAUGCAAAUGUGCAGGCGUCUGCAUGCUUACAGAAACAGAGGUUACGUAUUCACUUACGUUUCACCCUCAUCUCCUUGUGCAGCAAACUGAGGCAGAACUUGAAAGCCAUCUGAAGGCUUAGGAGACUUAAUUCUUGUUUUUUUGAUCUUGAACCUGCUUUUGUACUCUGUCCUCACUCUGAUGUAUGUUAUUGACCGUUGUCUUGUAAAUACAAGCUUUUCUUCUUCGGGGUAGAUAGUGGAAUGUCUGCAGCAGUGGUCGAACGUAAUUAACUUUGAGGCACUUGUACUAAAUUGAGUGUUUUCAUUUUCCAGUUAAUAAAAAAAGGAGUCUAACUAAAGACGCAUUCCUCCCCUGAACAGAAAACUCCAGGAAAGUGGUGUGUGUGACUACUUUUGUUCUUUUAGCCCUCUUAAAUCAUCAUAUGACCUCCCAGAUUUAUCCUGUGACCCCUUAGAGGAAGAUUAGACUGCAGAACUCCACCGAAAGUCGUUUAGGAGAGCUCCACCUUAGUCAUCUAUGGCAUCAGACUCAUUUUGUAUUUAAACAGUAAUAGUUAUGCAAAAUUAUGAUAAUUGAAUGACCAUAAAAAAGCUCCUUCUUGAUGAAUUCCUUUACAUUUUGGACUUAAAAACUAAUUUUGAUCAUCAAACUUCUGCACUUUUAAUCAGACUAGGACUCUGAUGUAGUACUUUGAGUUGUAAUAGAGUUUUGCAGUAUAGCUUUGGCACAUUUGCUCCUCUAACCACUUCUUCUGGGGGCUGUAAAUGAACCACACAAGCACCUUAAAUUGGUUUCUAUACGUUGGGAGGUUCUUGUGUCAGCACAAACCCUCCCACUGCGGUGGUCAUGGAUGAUGAAACAUGAUACAGACAAAAAUCUUUCAAUUUUCUGCAGGCGAGGUGAACCGUGACAGCAGCGGCUCUCAUGCUGUUUGUCUCAAUUCUUCUUUAUCCACGUUAUGUUCAGCGCACAGGUCCAGUGCAGCCUGAUGCUGACAGGUGCUUCUGUGAAAUAUGUGUAAAUCUCUUGUCUGGCGGGCUGUGCAUAAUCUGUUUGAGCUGAAACAGAGGGGAGCAUGUGCAUAGAGAGGUAUUUGAAAUAAGAGGGAAAAAAAGCUGAAGACAGGGAGGAUAAGCGAGUGCAAAAAGAGAUGAUUCACACCUUCCAGACUGACAAAUUGUUCCAACAACAGUGGCAGACUGAGACAGACUGAGACAGACAAAUCCGACGUAAAUCUCUUUCUUUGGGCUUUGGUUUGAAUGCUGAAAAAGCAAAAGAGGAAAACUCCCCCCCUCAUUUGAUUACUCCUCUCCUCUUGAGCCUCAUAUUUCCACAUAGAGGACUCAUAUUAAUCAUCAGCUGUCUGUGAACAUGCAACAUCACCCAGAUUUUACUAGUAAGGCUUUCACCAUAGAGGUGGAUUUUGUCGUGCAGCUGUGGGUGAGCAUCAGCUGCAGCUCUUAAGAUCGUUUACAAAGAUACAUUUGACCCACCAUCACUGCUGCUACCCCCAUCCCCCUCCAUCUCAUGUCAUCUCAUCUAAUCUGGCCACCAAAGAGGCCGAUUUAAGAUGAGAAAUCUGAGAGGAAUGAUGAACUGCAAAGAGAGGAGAGUUAGAGGAGAAGUGUAUCGAUCAGCUGUUCAGGGGGGGAUUGAGCUGUAUACAUGAUGAGGUCAUGGUGGAAGUGCAUGUACUGUACUAAAGUAAGGAAGUGGAUGAAACACUGAGGUGUUUAUAGGUUUCGAUGUGACAAGUUUUCUGCAGAUGGAAGUUAAAACUGAUGUUUUCUUGUAAGGUAGGUGUGAAAGAAAGUGAGUUAUAGACUGAACUGGGGUUACAUUUUAAGCAGCAAAGUUGCACAAUGGGGGAUAUGCACACUGGAUGUAUAACUUAAAGCAGGAUGAGAUUAUCAUCACAAAAUACGUCCUACACAUGAACAGCACAGGACAAAUUUAAGGUUCAAGGGUAUCUUUAUUAUCCCUAAGGAGCAAUUUGCUUCACAGCCAGCAGUAUACACACAGUUCACACAACAGUUUAGACACAUGUAAAAACAAAGCACAUGAAACAGAGCAUUGGCAAUUCAGCAAAGAGGACCACUUUAUCCAGGAGAGGCACUAAAAUCAGCCAGAGUCCCUUAUGAGAGCUUGAAAUGCCUGAAUGUAUGUAAACAUUUGAUGUGUAUAAAAAUGUAUGUUUGAGGAACCUUUGCAGAACCUGAAGGUCCCGAAGGUCAAAUAAAAAUAGUACCACUCUUUGCAGCAUCAGCAGUUUAAUGCAGCUAGUAUAUAAAGUAUUUCUGUGUUAAUCAUCUGAUUAUGUAAUAAUAUAGAACAAAAGUGUCCUGCAGGAUGAGUAACUUAAUUUCAGAUCUAAAUCUGUUCAUUAUAAUACUACUCUUUCACAUUAUUGUAUUUAGAAACCAUGGUCUCAGUUUAAAAUUUUCGCUAGAUGGAUGUUACUUAAUUAAUAAAUAUAGUUUUUUUAAGCAGAUGUUUUCUAUAUUUUAUGAUCUAACAACAGUGUUUCUCAAAUUCAAAUUCAGUUUUGGAAGAGGGUAUCCAACUUUAAAGCUGCCAGACUCAGACAUGCCGCCCUCUAGUGAGCAGAACUGGAUCUGCACCGAGCCUGACCUGAGCUCCUUGAUCAGGAGUGAAGUGCAAACUAACAGGAGUGGAAGUUUAAUAUAUUCAGCAGAUAGAUCCGUCAGAGCAGCGCGGCCAAAUGCAGUUCCCUUUGUUGUAUUUUUUUCCUCUAACCUUUAAGAUGAAUGGCCCUCAUUAAUCAUGGCCAUUUGUCUUCAGUUGUAAGUCUAGAGGUCAGUGAUUAAACCUCUCUCUGUAACACAGCCAACCCCUCAUUCUCAUUUUCUCUCUCUCUCCCUCUCUUCCAUGAUCUGUCACUCCCUCCCUCGCUCCGUGGAUCAGAGAGAGGGAGUUGCAUUUCACCGCUGCUCCGCUCUGCUUUUCAUGCCUCUGAUGUUGUCUGCCACCAAAUCCCUGCUGAAUAAAAGUCAGAAAUUGAAGCAGCAAAUCAUGUUUUAUGUAUGUGUGCUUACACAAUGAAAGCAGCCUGGAAAGUGGGCCAAGCAUCACACAGGGCAUAUUAUGGCAACAAAGCAGCUUUCCACUUUCUUGGAGAAAUGACAGCAGAAGCAGGCAGAGUGCCGGGCACGGAGUACAUGAGCGUUCAUUUAAUGACAGCAGAAAAUGGAGAGAGGGAUACAAAGAAAUUACAUUAUUUGACUCCUCCUUUCCUGGGAAGAAGUGUUUUACUAUUAUUGAUUCUAUCCUGGUGUAGAAAAUGUGCUUUUGACUUGUCAGCUCUGUUAGAUCUGUCCAGGGAGGAGCAAGAGGACAACUUUGACAGUGGGCCUAUCACAUUUUGUCACUGAGACUGUGGGAAUAUUGUGUUUGUAUGGAGGAAGACAUCACUUACCUGUCUCUGGUUGUGUCUGACUGAAUCUGCAUUUUUAGAUUGUAAACUAGUGUUUAUUUUCUUCAUGGUAUCUCAAAAAAUCCACCAAGUUUUGUUGUCAGUGUGAGAAAAAAUGACAUCAAACUGAUUUAAGGGAAGCAGAUGACUUUCUACCAUGAGUCUGGUUCUCCUCGAGGUUUCUGCCUGUUAAAGGAGAUUUUUCUUUGCCGCUGUAACUUGCCAAAUGCUGCAAAGUCUUGGACUGAUGUAGAUGGAGAUGGGUUCACAAGGGCACUGAUCUUAUCCCAGCUUUGUGCUGAGUCUUUGUAAAUAUGAUGAAGAGUAUGAUCUAGACCAGCAUCUUCAGGUGACAUUUGUUGAGGGUUGGAGUUAUAUGAAUACAGACUAAUAUAGUAUUGACUUGGAAAACUGUAGAUCAGGCUGUUUUUUAGGCCUUGUGUCAAUCAUCUGCUCUGUCACCAACCUCCGCACAGUGUUUUCAGGAAUUUCCUCACUGUACCUUUAACUCUUAGUGCAAUAGUCAAACAAAAAUGUCAAAGCAGAGGCUGCUCACAUGUGAAAAUGAGAAAUCAUUUACAAUUUUCAAUAAAUCAACCUGUUAUGAAUUGAGCACUAUUAAGUGUUUGUUAAGAAUGCUUUUUCCAGUUUUGUGUUAGUCUGUUAAAAAUCCCAAAAUGUAUCACUGGACCUGAAACUUCAUUUUCUGAAGAUUGAUUAAGAGUGUCUAAUUAAAAUUCCUGACAGGAGUUUUUAACUGGAUAUGAAAUCAGCAGAAAUUAAUACUCCUCUGUUAGAACUGCAAAAGCAGAGAAAAGUAUUAGUAACCAGACUGAGACAUGAGUAAUGUAGUCAUUUUUGAUGUCUGAAACUGCUGAUCAAGAUAGAUGUAAGAUGAAGCAUUCUGCAGGAAAAAUACACAAUUGUUUGUGUUUUGUCAUGAUAAAGAAAACAGUGAAUGAUGUGUCUAACUGCUCCAAGGAAGACAAAGGGAGAAGAUAAAGGUUUUGUCCACAAACAAAAAGUUUCUCACUGUAGCUUUAAAUAAAGGAUUUAUAGUUUUUUGAUUUUACAACAGGAAACAUCUUAAAACAGCACAAAGCAUCCUGCAUCUGUCUAAAAUAAACAUCGAUGUGUUUCAGGACUGAGGUGAACCCUCCUCUCUCCUACACGAGUCACCUUGGCGCAGAUUUAGCUCCUCCUUCAGUGCGAUGACAGCCUCUGUCUCCUUCACCCCACUUUACUCCUCAUCAGCUCAGCAUUCAGUUAUAUCAGAGCCAUAACAUUAGACGCAUCGUGAUUAACAAAGCGAACUCUUGUCUCACAUCCUGCAUAACUUUUAAUGACACCCCGCGCAGGAGUUAAUACUGCGGCACCCUGUGGGGGCGCCCCCCUAAAUCAUGGUGUCAUUGUACCCACAUUAAGUGUGGUCCCUGUGGAGAGGACAUAUGCUGCUAUAGCUGUGUAAUCUAUCCACUAGUGAUCUAAAGGAUUAAUAAUCUCCAUCUAAUCUGCACCCAUGGGUCCACAUCGAGCGAUGCAGAGGGUGAGAUGUCAUAUUCUGAUUAUAGAUACUGCACAGUGUGUGUGACUGUGUGUGUGUGACUCUGUGUGUGUAUUUAUGAGCUCUUCUGGCAGUGAUCAUUACAGUGACAGAGGUCAUCUCAUCUGGCCUCGAUGUGGGUUUUAUGAAAAUUAAAAAAUGUAAAGCUGACCACAAGCUGGCUGGGGUCGGGUGUAUGCAAUCAUGUGUGUACAUACGUGUGCGUGUUUAUGUGCAAACAUUUCAGUGCAUGUUCUUGUGUUUGUGAACCACAGCUCCUUUAAAACUCCUCUUUUCUAACUAAAUCACUCCAAAAGGAUCGAUUGACCUACAAAAGGCAUUCAUUGAGAAGCAAUUCUUUAACUCGGGGGAUCCCUCUGGCUUUUUCUCCAGCGCCACCAUGAGGUUGACAUUGACAUUUGUAUAUUUGGGUUAAAUGUCACAACAAAUGCUGCAUGAAUUACCAUAAAUGUAGUAACACUGUAACUCUAUGUGUAAAACAUGCAGCAAAAAAAAAAAGUUAUAUCAGCACUUAGCUGCAUGGCAAACAAUUGAAAGCCAGUGCAUAUCAGAGUAUGGACAGAAAUUCACAGCAAAAAGGGUAAAAGAUCCUGCAGCAUGAAGUUAGUUCAGCAACUUUAAUAAGAUGCAGUCAUAUCUGACAUGAAAUGUUUGCACCACAGUUAGAAAAAUCCCCAAACUGGACAACAAUUAUUAAACUUGAUGGCUGAAAAGGUAAGGAAAGAAGACAAAUUAUUAAAAAUGACAGUACAGCACGUCUCAUACCUGUUAAGGCUCAGCCUGUAUUUUCACGAAUUGGAUUCCCGGAGGGGGCUGGCAUUUGAAUUAAGUGAAACUGGGAACCCAUCUGCUAUUGUUUGACAACAAUCAGACCUCUUGGAUCAAUUACCGACUUUUGUGGCUCCAGGUGUAACCUAAUGUUAGCAGUCAAGAACUAUUUUCAGUCUAACAAGCAACAUGAAGAAAGAGAAUGCAGUUUUUGUUGUUCAAACACCGGGCCUCGGAGCAGAUUGUCAUAUGCACUUGCAAGCAGAUGUCUGUUUAUAGACAUUAAUUGGAGCUAAAUCUUUGUUAGAUGAUCAACUAAAGGUAACAUUGUAGCAUUAUGGCAUGUCUCCUUUUUCCUCCGGCACUCUCCACAUUGACUGACAUACUGCUAAAGCCUGCCACAUUGUGGAUUUUGGGGCCUAUUUCUUGGGCAGCAGUCCAAAACCAGAACACUUUCAAUUCCAAAAUCUGCCUACAGAUUCUACAUUAUUCUGCAGGAUCUUUAAGUAGAGAUUAGAAUAAAGUUAAUCCUCCUCCCAGUUAUCUCUCCAAUUUCACCCUUAACCCUUCUCUGUGUCUCUCAGGGGAGACCUUGACCAUCUGUCCUCCUGGAGGCUCCUCAUUAGGACGAAAAUCUUUGCUUCAUUGGUCUCAUAAGAUCAGGAUGUUUGUCAUCAGGGUUUGAUUUAACAAAAGCGAGACACACAGGCAAUAAAUGAGUCUGAAAAUGGAUUAAACUAAACUAUUAUCUAAUGGCAGAGAUCCCAGAUUAUAAUUGCCACUUUUAUCAGUCAUGCCAUAACUGACCUCUAGCUUUUUGGAAACCCAUAAAUAUACUGAUUGGGGCAUUCUUAAUAAGGUUAGCUGCUUCAGAGCUGUAAAGAAACCUAAAGGUUUGAUCAUCAUGGUUUCUGGGAUCAUAUGUCAAAAUGAAUCGACUCGAAAGAAUAUUUUCUGUGUUAGACUUGCAUUUUGUUGCACCUCAACAGCAGAUUUUGUUUGUUUAAUUGAUGUGUUUAGUUUCUUUUGCUUUUGGGGAUAUUUAAGUUCAUAAUUUGUGUUAAUGUUAUUUAAAAUUAGACGUUAAUCCUCUUCUUCCACCUGAAAGCCAUGUGUGGGAGGACAGAAAUCUCUCCCUGAUCAAAGUCUCACCCUAAAAGCUCAUUUUCUUCAAAGCCAAAACACAACAUUCAGCUCCAGCUAAUACAAUUUGCCUUGACAAUACCUGAUUUUUUUUUCCUGCAGUCCAUCUCUGUGACAAUAGCUAUGAAAGAGCCCAGUCAGCAUCUGUUCAUGGCUCCUGAAAGCAGCUCUUAGACUUGGCUCAGCAGCGGGGUGAUGUGGCAGCACUGACCCCUGCACCGGGACAGACCGGCCAAAAUCAAUACCUCUAUCGUAUCACUUAUCAGACUGUUACAAGCUGGCUGAUUACCUCAUUGGCUGCAUGAGGAGAGAGAGGAGGAAGACAGGGGUGAGAUCAGAGGAUAAAAAAACCGAACUGACAAAGAAAAGGUGUAUUUGCAUUUUUGGGAAAGGAGCUGAAACCCUUUGGUGUAGAAAUGGAAUAAGAUCGCUCUUCUUCUCUGUCACUGGACAAAGAAAACGAGUGGUUGGCAUAUUGAAGGUGCAAAUACAGAGGAGUCUAUUUCUUUCUCCAUUCAGCUGAAGUCAGAUAAGCCCAAAGAAUGAUAUUGAUGGUCUCCAACCCAGCCAAUAAACCAGGAAACACAAUUAUAGCUGAAACAGGUUAUUACGUGAUAACCAAAAUCAAUACAGUACAAAGCUCCCCUGCCAUGUUACAUCAUGUCUUUCAAACUGUAGUCUCUUUCUCUCUACUCCCUCUGUUUUAUAAGUUUCAGUGGAGUCGUCUUUUGUGCGUCUGACUUUUUAACCUUUUGGUUGUCAGUGGUUGUUACCUGAAAAAAAACCUUUGGUUGGGGUUAUGAACUCUGAAGGCUUGAAAAAGUUAAGUCUCUUUUUCGGAUGGGGGUGGAGGCACUGUGCUUUUACUUGACAGCUGACAGUAGAAAGAUGACAGAUAGAUGAGAAAGAUGUAUGAAAAACAUCUAUCGCAGGAGUUGAAGUGAGGACUCUGUGGUUCAUCAUUGUCCCUGAAUAACCUCAGCACCCUUUUACUUUUAUUAUCUCAAAUUUAUAGUUUAAAUGGUAAAUUGACCGCACUUGUAAAGAGCCUUUCCAGUUGCUCAGACCCAAGGCGUUUCUUUACUAUAUUCACCUUUUCACACACAUACAUUCACACAUUAAUUACAGGCCACUAGCAAGAUAAGCAAUGAUGCCAUUGACUGUAUGUAAAGAUAGAUGACACACCCCCACCUCCCAUUGUUGUACAGUAAAGCCAAAAUUUUAUCUGCAAAAUUUGGAGCCAGAUAGUGCAAUAAGGAUCAGCUGGUGGGGCUGAAGUCUUGACAUGUUUCCUUUCCUACUGACCCUGACAACAUUUGACAAACUGAUAAAAUAGCAAAUACUCAUUAGGGAAGAGAAGAACUUACUACAGGAUGUUAUAAAUGAUACCGAUAAGAAUGAAGUCAUGAUAUAGCAAAGAUAAAGUCAACAUGUCAUGAUAAAGUUAUUGUUUAUGGUUUAAAGUAAGCACCCAGCGACCAAAAUGAGAAUAAUGGAGUUCUAGCUAAACUGAAUGUAAUGUUUUGGUACCUCAACACCACAGUGUUUUAAAUAUCUUGACUCUGGAAGGAUUGUGUGGUAUCCACUUCUAAACAGCAGUAUGAGGCUUAUUGUUGACUAAAUUAACCAGUUUAUCUUUGUCCCGUAAUGACUUUAAUCUCAGGAUGUAACGUUACCACUUUAUUUCUCGUAAUAUCACUGUAUCACUCCUUAGUCUUGAAAGAUAAUGAUAUCAAUAUGACUGUAUUCUUGUUAUGACUAAUGACUGAAAUAAUGUAUAAGAAAUAAUGUAUUACAUUUUUUAUAUUUCACUUUGACCCAUGCCCCAUCUAUUGACAAAGAGAAGCAGGUGUUAUGAUCAGUGCUGCUGCUGGCCUAUAGGGGGAUCUCCGAGGUUUUGGGUUCACUUUAGAGGAGCUGACUUGCCCUUUUGUUAAAAACAGUCUGCUGUCUUUUACUUUUCUGACAGUUGUUGUUAAAAUUACUCAAAGUGAGUAAAAAGGUUGCUCCAUCACUGCUUGAUCUGUAUAAAAAUGUACAAGGAUAUAACCAUCUUUUGUUUACAAUUUGUUUCUAGCAGCCAAAAAUACUCUUAUUGCAACUUUAAUGAAAUGCUCUUUAAUGAGGCUGCAGUUUUUAGACAGCAGGUUAACAUUACAGCUUUUGUGUUUCCCCUCAGGUUGGAGGAGAGAGUCAGAGAGGAGUGAGGUCCUGGGAUGAGAACUCUCUGCAUUUUCCCUGCCUCCCCCAGACCUCCAGGAGGGGUACGCUGGUCAACACUCUGAGGUAAAAAAACAAAACAAAACACCCUCUGCAGACAAAACCCUCCUCUGACGACGCUGACCUUCAAUAUUUGCUGACUCAGACGUCCCCCCACUCCUCCUACAUCACUUGUUCUCGACUCUUUCUCUCCCACCCUUUUGGUGCUGCUCUUUCUCUCUGCUGUCUCUCCAGGAGUCUGGGGACAUUGAUCAAUGGUCUGACUUGUUGGUGGUGUGGGCUCAGUUUGGGGUGACCUGCUGUGGUCACUUUGUCACACACAGACAGGCAUACACAUUUAUGGAAAUAGGGGGUCUUGGCCUCCCUCUUUGAAGUGUCCGGUUUAGGGAUUGGGAUUGGGAAUGGAUGGCAGUUGGAGUGUGCAGCACAGAGGGAGGAGGGGGAAGAUUAAGGGUCAGGGGUCAGGAAUUUGGGGAUGAGCCAUGUUGUCCCAUACGGCAGCCGGCUGCAUCCAAGAAGACAAUGUUUUUGUUUACUUCUUCCGCAGAUUUAAUGUCUCAAGACUUCCUCUUUUGAUUAAAACUCCAGCGAGGAGGUUCGAGCAGGUUAUGGAACAGACUGAAAUUAAAGGUGACACCUCUUUGUGACAUGAAAAGGUAAACAAGAGCAUCAAAAAUAAGACUGGUUCUAGAUUUAAAGGCCUGUAACUAGUGUAAGAGGACAGGUGUCAGACCAAAGGGUUGUCAGCAUGCUUGGUUUAUUUUUACAACUGCAAAUAUUCACAGUAAUGUUUGGUGUUAAAACAGAAAACACUACUUUUGCAGGUAUAGGAUAUAAGUUCAGCUAAGAUGACGGGUAUUUCUAUCCACAGGGAGCGCCAAAGUCAACACAAACAGUCCUCACAGGAUCGUAAAGUAAAUAUAAAUCCUUUCUCCCUGGAAAGCCUGGAAAAAUAUGGCUUUUAAAUUUAGAAAAAGGUUCAAAGCAUAUCAAAUUUCAGAAUAACUACGUCAAUCGAACUCUCACUGAAAAUAUACUUAAAUAAUUACUGUCAGAGAGCGAAGAAAAACACAGCCUAAUAAAUAUAGUGAUGUUUUGAUUGACUCUGUGCAUGUAAAGAUUAGCUUUACUGCUUGAAUAACUCAUUAUUGACCAAACAAACCUGUGAAAACCACAAAUAAACAUCCAAGAUUGACUCUUCACACUGCUAGCUGCCAAUAACCGUCCUAAAAGGGAUGCUAACUUUGGAUGUGCAUAGUUGGUUUGCAGAGUUCAUUGCAUAUUUUUUGUGAAAUAUACUAAACAUCUAGAAUAAUAUGCCAAGGACGGUCUGCAGAACAAUAGCUGACACUGUUGUAGUCUACUUGCAAUGAUUCUUCAGGUCAAACUAGUUCUUAACACGUCUUAAAAGUUACAUAAACUUUUACUAAGAAGCUUGUUUUUGUUAUUCGGUCCGCAGGGGCUUUAUCGACAGUUGCGUUGAUUGGUUUUGCACAGCUACAUCAAGGUUUAGAAUUUGUUUUUCCUUCACCAUCAGUCACCACUGCAGACCGGCGUCCUCUCCUUACCGGCUCAGUCCUCAGCAUUUGUAAGAUUUGUGUGAUGAGAAUAACCUGUGGCCAACGCAGCAGCAGCUGUCUUCCUCUCUUCUUUCCACCGUCUCCAUUACAGAUCCUCCGCUCUUCUCUGCUCCCCGUCUUUCCUCCAGUCCAGCUCCACCUGUCCCAGCCCAGCUGUCCCCUUCCUUCAUUAGCUGUCUCACAUCGAUACCCACCGCCUGCUUUGGCAAGGUCACUUUCAAAAUACAAAGGACUCAGUCUGAUCAGCGUUGCUCUUAGCAGGAAGCCGUUAAAUCAGAUAGUUGGUUUAGAAGUUUGUGUAAGGGAACAUUUAAAGUAAUCAGUGCACUUUUACCAACAUUUAGAGGACAAGUUGCAGCAUCUGAGGGCGUCUUUGUUGUAAAGAUUGGGGCUUUAUCUUUAUCAGAGUAUAAGAAAUCUUCAUAAAAUCUCACAGGCACCUGAAUUUCUCACUAUGAAUAAUAGAAAUACGAGAGUUUUUUUGGGAAACAAUCAAAGCUUUCUUAUCCAGCAGGCAUAUAUUUUGAAUAUUUUUAACAACAUUGUGUUAAACUUAAGGAGAAGCAGUUUGAGGGUUGUUGCAAUUAUGCACUGGUAAUAUUUGGUUAUUUUUCACACUCCACCAGCUCGGGACGUAUUUAUAACAUAAUUACACAUUGCAUAUUUUUCCAAUUCGGUGCAGGUUUCGUAGGAAUUGCCAAUAGCUAGGCAUUUGGCAACAGAAGAAAACUGGUAGAGACUAAAAACAGAGCAAAAAGGAAAGAGGUCCGUAUUAAAAUUAUGUGUCCAGACAACUUUUAAUGAUAUACAAUGUUAUGUUAAAUUUAUUAACAGGCCACAACAACUUAAUGAAAUGAUAUAAUGUGAAUGUUGCAUCCAGAGUUUGAGCACUGCCCCCCAGUGUCCAAAGUCAUCAAUAACAUCACCAUCGAGAUUUUGCUAAGUAACACGGCUAAAUAAAUGAGAUUUGAAAGAACUAGAAAAUGGGAUGGACAAGAAGUCAACUUAAUUAUCCAUAGCAAGCCUCUAAGCGCCAAGUUAGUGGAGAUAUUAUGACUAUUUUUGAUGCUCAAAUGGAAACCUUGGUUGACUCGCACACACACUCACUGUCACACACACAUUUAGAAGACUCAAAAGCUUUCUGGUGUUGUGUUUCCAGCAUGCAGAGGUGGGCUGUGUUAAUGGCAGUAAAGUGCCAAGUCAGAGCACAGAAAUGAACUCUCCUCUCACUUGUUGUACGGCUGCAGGACUCAGAGGGAGGUUCAGGGAAGUUCCAGUAAAGCUAGAGAGAAGACACACAGACACACACACAUACACACACACAAAGACACAGACACACUAUUCUCUCUCAGCAUUACUCAGCCCUCCUACUGGUUUUCCAUGGAAGCACACAACAAUAAACUAAGACUUGUUAGUGUUGUGGACAACAGCAGGGCACUGAGUGUGUUGUACAUAUACUUUAGCCUAGUUCUGAAACAAACCGUAAAUUACAGUCGCAGUGACAAGUUUCUGUGAGUUAUACAACAGACCAAAAUUAAAACUGAUACUUCUUCAUGUCCUAAAAAGCAAACAAGACCAUCAGCAACAAGACUGAUUAUAGAUAUUCUGAACUUUAAUGUCUGUAAUUGCUGCCAUGGUGUUGAUGUCAGUUGAGAUUAUUUACUCUGCAGCCUUUUAAUUUACAUUUUAUGUAGAAAAUAUCCACAUUGAGUGAUAGAUUAGAGUGUUUAAAGAAAGCAGGAUGAGAUUUUGGCAGAAAGUGCUACCAUGCACCGGAAAGGAUAAGCAAAGAGAUAAGAUGUGUCUUUUUGUCUCCAGGGGGCGCCAAAUUCAACACAAAAUAAAAGUUAUGGUAGAGCCCUCUAUUGAAUUAAGCUGCUGUGAGGGACUUUCAGUUUGUGUUGGUUUUGGCACCCCCUGUGAACAAAGCGGCACUUUUUAUGACUGUUUUCAUCCUGUACAAGGGUUAACAUUGUUAUUUCAAGCAAAAUCUCUCAUCCUGUUGUCAAAUCUGUCCCUCUGACAUAGAAACUGCAAGAAAAUACAGCUUUAAGUAAAAGAAGUAGACCAACACCGAACCCCCUCUAGCCUCUUUUAAUGUUAAAAAUAUCUAAAUAAAAAUGAUUGACCUUUGUGCUACUGGUCUCGUUUGUUUUUGCAGGUUUUAUGGAGGCAUUGAUGUUUGUUUCAGUCUGUUUCUUGACAAGAUAAAAACUCCUCACAGUAGCUUUAAAAAGCAAGUGAAAUGGUUUUUAAGUGUCUUUUUGUCAUGAGGAUUUAAGCUCUGUGCACCAUGGAUGUUACUUCACAAGGUCAUGAAAAAUUGUAUCUAUCGGUCAGGCUAAAAAUGGCUUUACUUUGGUGUUUCUAGUUACUCAAAAGUGAGGAUUUGCUGCAUUGUUUGGCCUUAUUCUAAUGUAAUUGGUUGCAUCCUCGGGAAUACUGACUGCUGUUUUGAGUGAACAAAACAUCAUAAUAAGCUCUUGGAGAGAUUGAUAAGCAUUUGUUGUUUGCUAUCGAUGCUUGAUCAAAAUCUGUUUUUAGGUUUAAUGCCACGAGUUACUAAACGAUAAAAAUAAUGUUGAUGUUCCCCUCGCUAUUGUUGCUUUUGUCUUUUCCCUAUUCAAUACUUUGUUUUGCUUGUUUAAGCUAUUCAGUAUUUGAUUUAAAAAAGUGAAGCCUUCAGUUGUGUUAAGAGAUCACAAAUGAGAGUCGCAUUCUCAAAAGAUUGGAGGUCAGUGUACCUAAUAGAACAAAUGAUCAGCAUUUACGGUCUUUUACAUUUUAUCACAGUGUGUCUGUCUCAACCAAACCCGCUCUUUGUGAGUGUCAUUACCUCCCAACCAACAACCUCAUCAAAAAACCCAGAAUACAAAAAUCUGUGGUGGUUUGACCUUCCCCUCAUUCACUCUCUGCUUUCUGUUACCACCUCACCUUCAUGUGCACGAGAACGCAUGUGGAGUGUGCAGAGAUGAACAGAAACAUGUUACGUAACUCACCCCAUCUGAAUGAACUGACUCCCCCUUUUCUCUGAAGCUGCUGCAGCUCUUGAUGUAGUCGUUGUUGUUUGAUAAUUGCAUAAUUUAGCGUAACUGUGAUUUUAUGAAGCCUGAGGACAGAUGCUCAAAUUUGGGAGUAAAAAGGAGGUGUUCCCCUGAUGAAUUUGGGCCGUUCUGCUUUUACAAACACCCCCAAAACAGAAAUAAUGUUCAAACUGGUGCAGGAUUAUGUUGAUGCAGGGAAUAUGGGUUAAAAAGAAGGGGAUGGAAGAAGCGCCGGCUCAAAAGAGAAGGGGGGAGGAGAGGAGAGUAGUGUGUUAAAAAAGAGGGAAACUAGAAGCAGGGGGGGGCUGGCAGACAAAAAUGAGAGAGGGGAGGGGAGGAAUGAGGGAAAGGAGGAGGGGGAGGCGGUGCUAAGGCAGACAGCAGGGAAGGAAAGCUGAGAAGAGGAACAGUGGAGUGAAGUGAGAAGAGAGAGGAGGAGAGGACAGGAGAGAAAAAUAAGGGGGCUUCCAUUUAAAAGUGUUGGGAUAUGAAGUCCUGGUGCGGUGUGGAGUUAACUGCGUGAAGGUGGAGUGUGGCAGAGAGCAGACUGACAAGUGGACGAAGGAGGAGAGGCAGAGAUCAGAGUGAAUUUUACUUCUCUUUUUUCCACGAGAGACGGAGACAAGUGGAGGCAGCGAUGCAGGGCUCUUGCUGGGGUGAGUGUGUAGUGAGUGUUUGUGCGUGCGUCUGCACAAGAGUGUGUAAAAUACGACCAUAAGUCUUUAAACUUGGACUCAUUUUACCUCGCUUUUUCAUCCAGUUUGACUUCCUUUACAUUGAUUCGUUGGCAGUAACUUUGUAUUCAUGAGCACCUUGAAUCAGCGUGAAGCCACUUAAAAGGGUGUCAGUUGCGGAAAUGCCAAUAAUGGAAGGUGUGUAACGGAAAGAGUUGGAGACAAAAGUUGCUUGGCGGGCCUAUUCACAUGGAAACACUGAUUUCAGCAGCACUGGAGGCUGGUUCAGGAAUGCUGCAGGGCAAAAAGGUUGGAGGGGACCUCUUGAACGUGGAUCUAAUUAGCAAUAGUCGCACAGAAUGAAAUUAAUACUCAGAUUAGUUAGAUUGUUUUGAUCUGCGUGGUUGGAUUUCACUGUUAACCUGAUGCUAAAGUUCUCCUCUGUGGUCUAAAUGACCCUAAAGACAUUCAGGCUGCACAUGCAGAGGCACACACAUGCUGUCUUGGAUUUUGAGAGGUGGGAUGAUGGGUUUUUGGGUGUCUAAGAGCCCAGAUUUUCUAAUCCUGAUCCUGGGUAAUCUGCUCAUUCCAGUCCGUCGGGGGUAUUGAUUUGAAAUUUUAGCCCCUAGAAAAUCUGUUCUUCCCUUUGGACAGUUGGCCUUGAGGAGAAAAGAGGAGAAGAAGGAGGAGGAGGAGGAAGAGGAGGAGGGGAGUGUUAUUUAA